AUGAGCUAUAUAAAUAAUUUUCAAAGAGUAUUAUAUGCAUCUAGGUUUAUGAGAGUAUUUGGUAAGUUCAAAAGAGCACAAUUAAGAGAAAAACCACAAAGAAAAAUAGGGCCAUUUUGUAACCCUGUAAAAAGAUUAGUGAGAUUAAAAGAAAAAGAAAAAUUAUUUUGUGAAAUUGGUCUACCACGCAUAAUUCCUAGAGCAAAAAUAGUAACAAAAGAAAAAAUCUUAGAAGCAAUAAAACCACCAAAUGUUAGUAAAGAAGUUUUAGAUAGAAGAUUAGAAUUUUUAUUAUCAAAUGAAAGUGUAUAUCAACAAAUGUAUAAUAAAAUGUAUAAUGGUAUUACUCCUUAUCAAUGUGAAUUAUAUAUGUGGGAACGUCAGAUGAGAGAUUUACGAAAAAUUUAUAGAGCACAAUAUUUGCAUAAAUUGAGUGAAGUUACUAAUGAAGAAAGAGUUAAACAAUUGAAGUUAUUAUUACAAACGAAAGAAGAUAAAAGAAAAAGAAGAGAAAAUAUAAGAAACAGAAUAUUAGAAGAUAAAAAAAGAAAAGCUAUAUUAAAAGAUCGUUUAAAUUUAGAAAAAAAAGUUACUCAAUCAAUUUUAUUUAAAAGACAAUCUAAUAGAAAGAAGCAAAAUAUUUAUUGGUUGAUGAAAUUGCAAAAGAAAAGUGAGUAUUCAGAUUCAGAUGAUUUAAAAAAAAAAAUAGAGGAAAAUAUUGAUGAAAAUAAUUUAUUUAAUCGUAAUAUUUCUGUAAGUAGUUUAUAUAAGGAUUUAGGGUAUGAAGUAAAAGAAGAAAAAAAUGAUAACAUGAAAAUAUUUAAAGUGGACAAAAUUUAUAGAGAAUUAUUAGAAGAAUCCUUUGAAUUUUUAGAUGAAGAUGAAGAACAAUUUGAAGAAAAUUUACAGGAAAAUGAUGAAAAUAUUACACAUAAGCAAAGAGCUCAUAUUUUAUAUUCUUCUUUUACAAAUGAAGAAAAAAUAAAACUUCUUGAUGAUAAAAUAGCAAUUCUUUCAAAAAAAAUUGAAGAAAAAUCAUUUGCAAAAGGGAUAGAAAAUAAUAACAUUAUGUUUUAUAUUCAAUUAAAAGAUAAAUUAGAAGCGGCAAAGCAAGCAUUUUUAGAAAAAAACUAUUUAAAAAAUAUAAAUAAAUCUGAAUAA